UAAUGGCACGGUUGAAAUUUCUCUCAAUUUCGAGGGCUUCCUCGCUCCUCCCCCGACCCCCACCACCACCGCCCCUGCGUGGCGUCACUGCCGCCUCGCUCCCCAAGUCGCGUCGCGCCUCGGUCGUCCCUCUCCGCCUCCUCCCAUUUCCCGCUCGCGCAUUUCGUCGAGCUCCUUGCGCGCGGCACGAGCGGCCGGCGCCGAUCGGUCUCGCUUCGGUCCAGAGCGAGAGGGGCGGAGGAGCGGCGAGGGAGGCGGGGAGGAUGAAGUACGUGCUCGUGACCGGGGGAGUCGUCAGCGGCCUCGGCAAGGGCGUGACGGCGAGCAGCAUCGGGGUCGUGCUCAAAGCCUGUGGCCUCCGCGUUACCUCCAUCAAAAUAGAUCCAUAUUUGAACACGGAUGCUGGUACAAUGUCUCCCUUUGAGCAUGGGGAGGUUUUUGUCCUCGAUGACGGCGGAGAGGUUGAUCUGGAUUUGGGAAACUAUGAAAGAUUCCUAGAUAUAACUCUCACCAAGGACAACAACAUCACCACAGGAAAAAUAUACCAGUCUGUCCUUGAGAAGGAAAGGAGAGGUGAUUACCUUGGAAAGACGGUCCAGGUGGUUCCACACGUGACGGAUGCGAUUAAGGAUUGGAUUCAAUCCGUCUCUGCUAUUCCCGUGGAUGGAAAAGAAGGCCCUGCCGAUGUUUGUGUUAUAGAGCUAGGAGGGACUGUAGGCGACAUUGAAUCCAUGCCAUUUAUUGAGGCUCUGCGACAAUUAUCAUUUUCAGUCGGCCCAGAUAACUUCUGCCUUAUCCACGUGAGCCUGAUACCAGUACUAGGUGUUGUGGGAGAGCAAAAAACAAAGCCAACACAACAUAGUGUCAGAGAAUUGAGGGCACUAGGCUUGACUCCUCAUCUUCUAGCUUGCCGCUCUGCUCAGCCCUUAUUGGAAAAUACGAAGGAGAAGCUUUCACAGUUUUGCCAUGUUCCGAUUGGUAAUAUUCUUAACAUCCAUGAUGUUCCUAACAUCUGGCACGUUCCUCUUUUACUUAGGAACCAAAAUGCUCAUAUCUCAAUCCUGAAUCAGCUAGGCUUGGUUAGCAUUGCUAGCCCUCCGAAUUUGGAAGAUUGGACCAGGAGAGCUGAGAAUUUUGAUAAUCUCACUAAUUCAGUGAGGAUUGCGUUAGUUGGAAAAUAUGUUGGCCUGACAGAUUCAUAUCUUUCUGUAGUCAAGGCCCUGUUGCAUGCUUGCAUUGCUUGUUCUUUGAAGCCAGCGAUUGAUUGGAUUGCAGCUUCUGACCUUGAAGAGGAUAGUGCAAAAUCGACACCGCAAGCGCAUGCAGCAGCAUGGGAAACUCUGAAGAAUGCAUCAUGUGUCAUAGUUCCAGGUGGAUUUGGAGAUCGUGGUGUGACAGGAAUGAUAUUGGCUGCUAAGUAUGCAAGAGAAAAUAAUGUCCCUUAUCUUGGGAUUUGUUUGGGCAUGCAAAUUUCUGUUAUUGAGUUUGCCAGAUCUGUUUUGGGCUUGGAUACAGCAAACAGCACAGAGUUUGAUGCUGAGACGCCCAAUCCUGUCGUAAUGUUCAUGCCUGAGGGAUCAAGAACGCACAUGGGAAGUACCAUGAGACUGGGUUCCCGUAGAACAUUAUUCCAGACACCAGAUUGCAUCACUUCAAAACUGUAUUGCAACUCAGAAUAUGUUGAUGAACGACACCGGCAUAGAUAUGAGGUAAACCCUGAUGUGAUUGGAAAUCUAGAAGAAGCUGGAUUAAAAUUUGUUGGAAGGGACGAAACGGGUAGGAGAAUGGAGAUUUUGGAGCUUCCAACUCAUCAAUUUUAUGUAGGUGUCCAGUUCCACCCUGAAUUUAAGUCACGACCUGGGAGGCCCUCAGCUCUAUUUCUAGGAUUUAUCUUGGCGGCAAGUGGGCAGUUGAAAGCAUAUCUUAGCCGACAUCAAAAUGGGAAUUGAUCCAUCUGUUGGUUCCCAUGCCUAAACACUCAAAAAGUUUUUAUGAGGGGAUGUCAAAGGCAAUAGCUCAUUGUAGAUUUCGGCUUCAAUGGUUCUUAGACCAGACAUUUUUCUUUCUUGAUGAUGUAGCGCCAAACCUCAAAGAGAUAUGCAACCCACAAUUUUGUAGCUCAAGCUGGCGGAAACCUAUUUGACUAUGUGAGUUCAUCACAUCGAAGUGCUCCAUAGUUGCCUUAAUUGGGUUCUCAGCCCAGAUAUAACUAUUAAAUAUGGAGAACUGUUUUUUCCCCUUUUCCCCUCUUUCUUUUGUACUAGUAAGGAGAUUAGACAUUUUGAAAUUCAGUGGAUGCUAAAAUGCUGUGAUUUCGUUCUUCGAUCUGUCUUUCCCCUGACGUUAUGAACCGUGCUUCAGCACUUUCUGCAUAAUUUUUGGGAAUGUAAGAGAAGUAAUGGUCGAAACUUCGGUAGAA